AUGAAAACCCGAUCUCAGCAGUUAUUAAAUGUAGCUUAUUGUGCUUUAAAGUUUGAGGUGUCAAAAAGAGCCUUCCGAAGGAAUAAGUUGAACAAUGUAGAUCUUGAGCAAAGGAGCAUGUCAGAGAAGGAAAAAAAGCGACGUUGGGAGAGCACCUACAGAAGAUAUGUGUAUGCGUUUGCUCAUCCAAAUGACUUCAAGAUGUAA